CGCAGAGGGUCCGCGCCGCCCCGGGGCCGCCGCGCCGCACCAUGAAGCUCCGCAGUAAGGCGGCAGCGCUGCUUCUGCUGGCGCUGGCCGUGCUGCUGCUGGCGCUGCUGUCCUUGCGCGCCCGCCGCGACCUGGAGCCCCCCGGGUUCCCCGCGCGCCCCGAGGCUGCCCCUCAGCGCCGCCACGCGCCGGUCCCCACGCGCCCUCCGGAGCCCCACGCCUUCCCCGGGGUCGCCGGCCGACGCUCCCCUAGGCGCCGGCCACCGCGUCCGCGCCCCCGAGCCGGCCGCCCGCGCGCCGCCAGCCGCGAGAAGUUGGCGAGGAGGCCUGGGGAAGUUAGGAGUUUGCACUCGGUGCCGCCCGAGCUCUGGAUUCACCUGGCUGUGGUGGCCUGUGGCGAUCGGUUGGAGGAGACGCUGGUCAUGCUCAAAUCAGCCGUGCUCUUCAGCCACAGGAAGAUGUGUUUCCACAUCUUCACGGAAGACGCUCUGAAGCCCGAGUUUGAUAAACAGUUGCGCCAGUGGCCCGACUCAUAUACAAAGAAGUUUGAGCACAGAAUCUACCCCAUCACAUUUUCUGUUGGAAACCCUCAGGAAUGGAAGAAAUUAUUCAAACCCUGUGCCGCCCAGAGACUCUUCCUUCCGGUGAUCCUAAAGGAUGUGGACUCGCUCCUCUACGUGGACACCGACGUCCUCUUUCUGAGGCCCGUGGAUGAUAUCUGGAAGCUUCUGAGGCAGUUUAACUCCACCCAGCUUGCCGCCAUGGCCCCAGAGCACGAAAUCCCCAAGAUCGGCUGGUACAGCCGCUUUGCCCGGCACCCUUUCUACGGCUCUACGGGGGUUAAUUCAGGGGUCAUGCUCAUGAACUUGACUCGCAUAAGAAGUACCCAGUUCAAGAACAGCCUGAUUCCAGCAGGCCUGGCUUGGGAGGACAUGCUGCUCCCGCUGUACCAGAAGUAUAAGAAUGCCAUCACGUGGGGAGACCAGGACUUACUAAAUAUUAUUUUCUAUUUCAACCCAGAGUGUCUCUACGUGUUCCCCUGCCAGUGGAACUACCGCCCCGAUCACUGCAUGUAUGGAAGCAACUGCAAAGAGGCGGAGCGGGAAGGUGUGUCUGUUCUGCACGGCAACCGCGGCGUCUACCAUGACGAUAAGCAGCCCACUUUCCGAGCCCUUUACGAAGCAAUCCGGGAUUUUCCCUUUCAAGACAAUCUUUUUCAAUCCAUGUACUACCCUCUCCAGCUGAAGUUUUUGGAGACAGUGCACACGCUGUGUGGGCGGAUCCCCCAGGUGUUUCUGAAGCAGAUUGAGAAAACAAUGAGAAGGGCUUAUGAGAAGCACGUCAUCAUCCACGUGGGCCCCAACUCCAUGAGCUGAGUGUCCACCUUGCUUUGAGUCAGCCUGGUGUCUGUGACUAAGGACAUGGAUCCUUACGCUGCCUGGAUAUUUGUGUGUGUGUGAAUAUUUAAUGGUGCUCUGUAAAUGUUGAGUUUCAAAUGCCUGGUUACAUUAUGCUGAGUUAGUUAUCCCUAAAAGGGAAUAUGCUUUUCUUUAUUUUCUUUUAAAAUUGUAUUUAUCUUGUUUUUAAAGUUCUUAUCAUGAAUUUAACACUGUCUCAGUGGGUGAAGAAAGGGAACUUUCCUAGCCUCCGAAUAUGAGACCCUGCUGGGUUAUGCAGGAUCGUAAUUAUCUGGUAUUCUAGAGAUUCUUCCUUUGCAACUUGCUCUCUCACCCUAUUAAAAAGGAAUAUGUAUUGGGGCUGGCAGGUUUGCUCAGUGGUAAAAGCAUCUGUUACCAUGCCUGAUGACCUGGGUUCAAUCCCCUAGAUGGGAGUUAUCCUCUGACCCUCAUGUGUACCCACACUCACACCUGCAAAUAAAGAAAUGUAAUAUUAAAAAUAACAGUAGGGGGCUGGAGAGUUGGCUCAGCAGUUAAGAGCAUGGCUGCUCUCCUGGAGGAUCCCAGUUCAAUUCCCAGCACCCACACGGCAGCUCACAACUGUAACUCCAGUUCCAGGGGAUCCGACACCCUCACUCAGGCAUACUUGUAGGCAAAACACCAAUGCACAUAAAAAUAAAAAAUAAAAUAAAAUAACCAUAGGGGCUGGAGAGAUGGCUCAACAGUUAAGAGCACUGUCUGCUUUUCCAGAGAACCUGCAUUUCAUUUCCAGCACCCACAUAAUGGCUCACAACCAUCUAUAACUCCAGUUCCAGGGCAUCCAAUGCCCUCUUUUAUCCCCCACAAGCUCUAGGCACAUAAUGUGCACAGAUAUACAUGCAGGCAGAACACCCUCAUACAUAAAAUAAAAUGAUAACUUUCAAAAAUUAAAAGAUAAUAUGUGUUAUGAGACAAACCUGGAGAGAAUAAAGGUCAACGAAACGCAAUCAAGAUUAGAUUAGACAUAAUCCUACCAACCGCUUGAAAAGGUUGUCACCGUUUUAAUGUAUUUCCUUUCAGACUCGUUAAAACUUCCCUGACUUCUGUAUUUCCAUUGUAACCCGUUUAAAACGCGUGACCUCGGUAAGGAGCAGCCUCUGUGCUAAGAUUUCAUGGGGGAGACUGAAAAGCCAGACGAGAUAAUUACAGCACUGCCGUGUCUGGAAGAGGCUUUCAGACCAGCUAAUUGGGCAGCAUUUCAAGAUGAAGCAUGCGUCUGGGAGUGCAUCUCAGAAGGAUUGCUGAGCUCCGAGGAGGGCGCAAUCGUGAGAAAUGUCUAUGCAACAAAAGCUUCUGAGAAAGCCCAGGGGAUCUCUUUAGCGAAGAGUAGUAUUUUGUGUUUCUCCACGGACGAGAGCACUUGACUGGACUGCUGGGCAGUGGUAGAAAGCCAAGGACCACUUCAGAUGUUUGUUUGGCUUCCAUUGUUUUCGUUUUCGUUGUAUUUUUAACUAUGUGUCUGUGUCUCUGUCUGUGUCUGUGCCUCUGUACAGGCAUGUAAGUGCAGGUGCCUGUGGGCACCAGAAGAGGAGGGAAUUAAAUCCCCUUGAGCUUGAAUUACAAGUGGUGAGCUUCCUGACCUGGGUGCUGGGCACUGGGCUUGGGUCCUCUGCAAGAGCAGCCAAUGCUCUUAAGUCAUCUCCCCAGGCCUUGUUUGGUUUGUUCUGUUUUGUAUUUUUAAAGACAGGAUUUCACAACCUGCCUGCCUCCACUUCCAAGUAAGUACUGGAUUUACAGGUGUGUGCCACCACACCCAGCUCCAGUUUCAGAUUUAAUUUGCUCAAAGUAAAUAUUUCAGAUAAUUUCAUCGGCAAGAAAAUUCAAAUUCCUAGCAGCCUCGGGUCUCUGCUUCUUUUCAUUUUCACUGUGGUUAGCCAGCCCUUAGCUUAGAAGCCUUGCAAUCCUAUCUCCUAGCUACAGCAGAGGAAGUUCUUAUUCUACCCCCAUGAGGGAUCCGAAUUAAUCCCUAGUUGCUCUUAAGGUUGGUAUCAGCAUAGGGAUGUUUUGCAUAAUGCUUUAUUUAUCUCAAAUGACUUUUGCAUAAAUGACCUUUUUGAUGUCUUCCUGCAGCCCAGGGAACUAGGAGGGGCCUGUAUCAUCUCCACAAACUAAAAGAGGAAAGUCUAACACAGAGAAAGGAACAUACUUGAUAUAAGUACAUUUCUAUAAAACACAGGAUUGUGUAACAUGAAUCCUGUUUUCCAGGGAAGAAAAAAUUGAAAAUAAACAUCCUGAGUUCUCUUCACCCUACAUAGAAAGCAAUCUGAACGUGGAAAAUAAUAAAUGUUAUUUUUAUUAGUGUCAUGUGGUAGCCCAUGUAUCCGAGUCCUGUAGGUUAUCACAGUCCCUGUGCCAGCAGAAUUGUGUCUCCCUGAGGAGACAGCAGAAUACUUCAGCAUGCAGAGGCAGUCGGGGUGUGACACAGGUGUGGAGGUUAGUCACUUAGGAAAAGCUGAAAUGCUAAGGUACGGCCAUUCUCUCCUCUAGCCUACAGCCUGCUGUUGUUAGGGAAACAACCCAGUGAUGUGUUACUCUCAUUUUUACUGUUGUUUUGUGUUCUCACCAGCAGACAUGACCUCUUAUUUCCGGUCUUUCUGGCUGUGGGCACGUGGGAUGUGCAGUAAAUACCCACAAACUAGGUUUCCGUGACGGAGCCAGAAUGUACACAGAAAACACUGACUUCCAUUCCGGUCUCCUUUCUGUCUGUUCCGAACAUCCAGUGAACCCAGGAGCACUAUUUAGAUUUUCCAUUGGUCACCAGAUCCAAAGACCGUCCAGUCUUCAGAGAAGCCUUCAAAUACAAAAUACAACAACGCCUUCAGUUUUCUGAAAGCCAGGUCUGCUCACGAUGCUCAUCAGUUUGAUGCCAACUGAAUCCAGAACAUUGUUGCCAGUGAAGGUCAGUGAUAGAAUUUUAAAACAUUCUUGAAGGACCAAGUACGAUCACGUGACACUUUGAAACCUAAUGUGAUUUCCCCCCACCAUGGCAUUCCCAUGCUGUGUUCUAAAAAAUUUUAGGUGUUUAGUGGAGAAUUUAAAAAAAAAAACCAAAAAUUUCUCUUCCAACUCUUUUUACCUCAAAAUGGUAAUUAUUUUCUAUACUAAGAUAUUACUACAAGGUAGGGUUUUCUCUGCCUUUGGUAUUUCCUGGCAAACACCUUUGAACUCCCAAGAGCCACACGUGUUUAUUCAUUGAACUUCGAAAAUAUGUGGUCUGUGGUAGGAAGUUACAGGCUGCCUUUCAGCUCCCUAGACCACACUGAAUCCAUACUGGGAACAGCUAAGUCUGCUUCUCUGGUCUCCUCCAGGUCUGCCCUCCUUCCCCCCCGCCUUUCCCUUCUGUCUUUUAGUCACAGAUGUAUUGCUGUGAAACGACACCUUGACCAAGUCAGCUCUCAGAAACCUUUUCACUGGGGACUUGCUUACAUUUAGAGAGUUAGUCCGUUAUCAUCGUGUCGGGAAGCAGACAGGCAUGAGGCUGGAGCAGUAGCUGAGAGCUUCACAUCCUGAUCCUCCAGCAGCAGGCAGAAAGAGAGAUUGGCCCUCGUGUGGGCCCACUCCCAGGGACACACCUGCUCCAACAAGGACACACCUUCCGUCACCUGAGGACUAAGCAUGCGAACAUAGGAACCUAUGGGGGCCAUUCUCAUUCAAACCACUACCACAUCUGCCUUCUCUCUUUUCUCAUUUCCUUUUUUUUUUUAAAUCUGCUUCACAGAUGUAGUAGCUAUGAAGUUCUGUGGAGAAUGUCAGAGCACUUUCUAAUAGCAAGCAGUGGCCAUGCUUUUGCACAUGUCGCAUGGGAGGUUUCAAUGGCAGGGUUAGUAGAGAGGCUGACAUUAUUUCUUGCUGUGUAUUUCCAAUGUAAAUCUGAGAAAUUGUGACCUACAUGAAGUUUCUAAUACUUGAGCAAGUCCUGUCUACAAAAUCAGUUGGAGUACCUCCUCAGCUUUGACAGUUGCAUUAGCGUUUGGGGCACCGUGCUCUAAGUUUCAGUUUUUUGUGACGUUUGGAUCUCAUAUUCAGCGCUUUCACUGUCUGCUUCCGAAGUGGGCGCUUACACACUCCCAGAGGCUGGCCAAUAUUUCUACGAAUGCAUUUGUAGUGUCCCUAAAGCAAAAGGAAACCGACAAACCAAACCGUGCGUAAUCAAAACACAAUUCACAGCGCUAGCUCUGGGCAUGGUGGCUCACAUCUGAAACCCUAGUGUUUAGGAAGAUGGCUGUGAGUUAGAGGCCAACCAGGGCUACAUGGUGAGUACCAGGUCAUUCAGGCCUUUUUCACAAAAAAAAAAAAAUCGAGGGGAGAUAGACAGGGGACUGGAGAGAUGGGUCUGUGGUUAAGAGCACUGACAUUUCUUCUUUUCAGAGGACCUGGGUUUAAUUUCUAGCACCUACGUGGUGGUCUACAACCAUUUGUCAUUUCAGUUCCAGGGGAAUGGAAUACCCUCCUGUGGCUUCUUAGGAUACCAGGCAUGCAUGUGAUUCACAGACAUACAUGCAGACAAAAUACGCAUACAUACAAUUUUUAAAAAUUUAAAAACACUGAAGCAUGUCACAUGCUUUUAAUACAAGCACUCGAGAGACAGAGGCAGGUGAAUCUCUGUGAGUUCAAGGCCAGUCUGGUCUUCAAAGUGAGUUCCAGACCAGCUGGGGCCACAUAGUGAGACCCUUUCUCAAAAACAAAACCAAAUGCACACACACACACACACACACACACACACACACACACACACACACACACAGUGCUCUGUCUCAAACAAAAAGUUACUGUGAUUGAUCAUAAAAUAGUGACUCAGGAAGUUAAAAGUCAUUACAGCAUGCCCUGCAAACAGGACACCUGUGACCAAAUGUAGAACUAUAGUAAAUAUUAUUUGGCAUUUACUCAUAAAGGAUAAAUGCCAUGUGUUUGAUGAGCCAAAAUGGAUAUCAUUUCAUGACGAAAUUCAGAAAUUCACUGUUAGUGGACUAGUGCCAUUUAACGGAGAGGAGCAACUCUUCUUAUGCCUUUGUUUUUUGUUAUUUUUUUCAUGCCUUCCCCUCUCUGCCUACAAUAUAAAUAUCUGGGUACUACAGGAACUUGGGCUUUAGUUGACCAAGAGAAAGAACUUGGGGACCCCUGUGUAGACAGAAGAGAGUUCUAUCAGGACCUUAGAUGCAGUCUUCUAUGAUGGGACCCUUGCAGACACUUUAAAAAGUUAACCCCUGCACACACAUCACAUGCCUGUUAAAAGCGACGCCAACUUCUGCUGUAGCCGUGAGUUGAAGAAUUCUGCAUGGUUAACCCUUAGGUCAUUUCACAAUAGCUUUGCUGCCAUUUAACGCUGACAAGAUUUCUCGGGCCAAAGAGAGAACUUUGUUCUAGUUUUUGUUUUUCGCAGGUCAAAACUGGAAAUAUUCUCCUGAGUCUUCAACAUAAAACUCAUGUGUGUCACUGUGUGUGUGAGCAUGUGAGAAGCAGGUGCAGUUUUUUCUCCACUGAGUUGAUGUGUUUGUAUUGUCAUUGAAAAGGCGUGUCCAUUGUUCAGAGCUCCUAAGGAGUCCCUGAAUGCAUUUUUUAAAUCAGAAAACAUGGAUGUUUUUGUUGUUGUACAUUUUGUUUGCAAAGAAAUGCAUUAAAAAAAGAGUAACCCAAAGACAAAGAAUUAUAAUAAUGAGUAAAUUGGGAGACUAGUACCAAGAUGAAAUAACUGUCUCAUCUUUUUAAAUGUCGUCUCUCAUUUCACCUCUUCUAAAACUAGAAGCUUUAAAUGUGUUAUUUGCUAUUACUUUUGAAUUAUGUAUGUAUGUUUUCUUUAUAAGAUUUUAAGCCUAAAAGUGUAUCUUAAGUAUGUAUAACUAGUAAAGAGUAUUUAAUAAGUAGCAUAGUUUAUUUUUUGAAAAUCAUUAAAAAUUUUACCUUGCUUAUAAUAGCAUCAUCAUAAGUUAUUUGUUUUUUUGGUAGUCCUCUCUGUUCAAGGAAGAAUGAACAAAGUUUGACGAAUGUGAAAAUAAGCUCUCCAUAAUCCCUUGUUGUGUUUAGCAAAACUGGGCUUGACUUGUUUGGCUACAGCACAUACAAAAAUAACUGAAAUGCUUCAAAGCUGAUAGAAACAUUUUUCCUAUUAUCUCUUUUUAGAAUCAGCAUAAGGUGUUCAGUUCAUCUACUGAAUUUUUUCCUCAUAUUUGACUAAAUUUUAAGUGUUCCCCACCCCUAUCCCAGACAGGGUUUCUCUGUGUAGUCCUGGCUAUCCUGUAACUAGCUCUGUAGACCAGGCACCACCUCUGUGGUGGUUCACACCUUUGAUUCCAGCACUCGGGAGGCAGAGGCAGGCAGAUCUCUGAGUUCAAGGCCAGCCUGGUCUAUAGAGUGAGUUCCAGGACAGCCAGGGCUACACAGAGACGCCCUGUCUCAGAACAAAAUCAAACCAAACAAGUUUAAUUAUGUGUGUGUAUGUACAUUUGUUGGUAUGUGCACAUGAGUGCAGUGCCUCAGGAGGCCAGAAGAUGGCACCAGAUUCCCUGAAGCUGGAGCUAUAGGCUGUUGUGAGUAGCCCAAUGUGGUUAUUGGGAACCAAACUUAGUCCUCUGCAAGAGCAGUAUGUGCUCUUAACAGAGAGCCGUUUCCACAACCCUCAAAAUUAAAUUUAAAUCCUAGUGCCACCAAUGUCUGAUAGAACAUAACUCUCUACACCUUACCAGCCUCUUUGUGUUAAGGGAAUAAGAGGUGCCUCUCUGAAGUGUUAUUCUAAUUAAUCUUAUCAAUAAAAAUUUGGGAGUCAAAUGUUGGGGUAAGAACCUGAAAGAUCAGAGAACAGGGAGCAGCCAACAGUUGCUUCCUACUUCUUCAAUUCCUCAGUACAAAAGGGCAAGAUCCUCUCUCAGCCAUGCCUUACCACUUCCUGUCUCCUCUGUCUACAGUCCUCCAAACCUCUAUGGUCAGCUAGUGGCUAGCACCACCCUCUGACUCCAAGCAAGCUUUAUUUGUCAGAACACAAUCAAAAUAUUGCACAACAUUUCCCCCUUUUUGUCUAAAUAAAAAGCAAAGGUUUUAACUAACAUAGUAAAACUAUAUACAAUAAGUACGGUAACUAUAUACAAAUAUAUACAGGCAAGAAUUACAUUAACAAUGUCUAGUCCAUUUGCAUUUGACAAACUCAGAGAAAAUACUCCAUUAUCUAUCCUAUCUUGGUGAGUCCAAAGUGUUGUAGCUAAUUCACUUUCUAUCCUAACUUGUAUUAUCAACCCAAAACUAUCUUAUGUCUCUCAACCUUAUACACUUUACACCUGUUUUGUGAGUUUCUUUUCUGAAUUUUGUAACAAGGAAACCUAUAACUAUAACUAGCUAGUCUUCAACUCAAUGAGAGACCUAAGAAGGAUAUAAUAUUACUUCAGUAAACAGGAAGUGCAUAGCAAACAACUUCCAGAACUAAGAAAUGACAGAAACAGAUGGCUGACUGGAUAGUCACCUAAGGUUCCUCUGCAAAUUGGGACAUCCAUCUUUGGACUACAGCUCUAGAAUAUCUGACAGACUUUUCUGUGAAGCAGGAUUUUUGAAGGACUGCUGUGCCUUGUCUUGGCAAAGUCCAGCAGUCACUUUCUUUUGUGUCCUGCUUGUGUCCAAUUUGGACAACAUACUGUCAGCAGUUGAGGCAAGGGCAGUUUAUUGCCCCAUGGCUAACUUCUGCCACAAAGAAAGUAAACUCCAUAUGGAGUUUCUUUGAUGCCCAUCAUCUUCUUGGUGCUGCCAGGAGCAGACAUGUCUCAUUGUCAUAAAAACCUUAUGUUAUUAAAACAUCUUAAAUGCCAUAUUCUAUAAAUCUCUGAAGUGUUUGAAGACUACCUGUCUAUCUAAAAUAUAUCUAUUUGACCUUGAAAACAUACCUAACAUGACCACAAGUUUGAUUAUAAUAAGUGACUAACUGCUGACCUGCAUUUCUUUAUUAACCUAAAUAGUAUGUAAUAAUAACUUUCAAGGACUAAAAUUUUACAUCACAUUGUUAAAUAAGCUAUAUAGGUGCAAUAUCUUAAACAAGAGUAGAAAUGUAGGUACAGGAGGUUCUAACAAAAAUAUCUUAAGAGUAGAAACAUUUAUUAGUAUAACAAAAAUAACCUCAAAUUUGUAUCAGUAUACAAAAUCCAUACCAAUAUAAAAUAUUUAAGAUGAGUAGUUGCUUUUUUUGUUUAAAAGUAGAUUCAAUAACCUACCCUUUUAUUCUAUCAUUCCCAUAUCCCUCAUUUUUCUUUUCUGAACAAGAUCCCUGAAUCUAAUCCCCUUUGUUCAGCUUUUUCCCUGAUCAUUACCAAUAACAACUUGUAACCAACCCCCCUAAACAAUGACAAAUAUCCAUAACUCACUGAACAACCAAAAAAUUCCCACCCCACUUCUUGGGAAUGUGGGUGUCAUGUUCUUAAAAUUACUUCCUGUUGUCUGUGGGCAGCAGCAUCUUUAGGGGACCUUGGAAAAAGAAUUGGGAUAACUGUCAAGUCCUGGGAGAGCUAGCUGUAUCAUUUGAUGUCCAGUCUCUGUGUAAUGGGAAAGUACAGGACUUAUCUCAAGUCCUAGCUAGAGUAGUCUGUGAGGCUGAACCAUCUCAGCCACCUUGAAAUUGUCCUGAGCAGUUUGUAGUCCAAAGGCAAUCUUUGGGUGGUGUUUGUCAGUUUAGUGACAUUACCACAAUCCAGGUGGAAUCUUCAUUGUGGGGCCCCAUCCUCCUUUUGGAUACUUCAAAGGUUGCUAUUAGGCAUGAUCAUGGUUCACUGCAGAAAACUUAAAUAUUUUAAAUGUCAUAUGUAGCAUAUUUUGAAGAGGUUAAAGUAUCAUAAUUUGUUAUGUACAUCCAGAGUACAAAACCUUAAUUCCUAGUUACCUAAAAGAGACUCAAACCUGAAAUCAUGUACAGGAAGCUAGAUGAAGCCUUUUUCUAGAAUUAGUUAGUACUCUAUAUGACCAUUAAUAUCAUGACAAAAAUUAAAAAAUAUAUAUAUUAAUCUUAUAAAUUUUGAUAUAAAAUCCAUACCUUUAAAAAAGUUUAAAGAAUCAAAAUAGAACCAAAGAAUUGAGAUUAUUCCCAGUAGAAUAGUCCUUUAAUUUUUUGGUUUUCUUCUGUCCCAUAUCAGAUGGCUCUUUCUUCUGACAUGAGAUAGAGAUUUUAGAUUUUGCUUUAACAGGCAUGCCUGGGUUAGAGAAAGAGAGAGUCAUGUUCCAACUCCAAAGCUAGCUUUAAUUUUUAAUUGAACUGGGACUGCAAAAAGGCUAUUUGCAUUAUAUGUCUGUAGAGAAUAGCAGAAACAAACAUUUGGGAAGAUCUGUGAAAAUUUAUCCUGUUGGAAAUGUGAUAUACCAAGAGGCCAAUUUACUCUUUUUCUUGGGACAUUGUCUCUGGAUGAUUCAUCCUUUUUCUUCAGAUGUCUCAUUUGUCCAGUGGUCUUCAGAUUCCUUAGUUGGAUGCCUUCAUUCUCCUGGAAAGACAAACACAAAACCCUGCCCCAUCCCUAACUUUUAGGAGCUUCCCUUUUGGCAAUUCAUUAUAACAAAUGAAAAGCAUUUGUUAGUCUUAUAAGUUAGUUUAAAUUGAAUGGUCACAUUGUUUGAUGAACUAUCACCUCUUCUAAUAAAGAGGUCUCUCUUGUUUGAAUCUAGUUUUUAUCAAUUUUGAUGAUAUCCAUAGCAUUUCUUCUGCUGUGGUAACAAAAGUAAAACCUCUUCCCCAAUGUAACACAUACUCUGGUUUCCAUUCUGAGAUCAACACAUCUUUAAGGUAUACAGGCUGAUUUAAUUCAGUUUUUUUUCUUUUAUCCAGUGUCUCUCCAUAGCUGUCAUUCCUUUCUCAUUAUCAUUUAGAAAAUUUAAAGUUAAUAGAGCAUUGUGCAAUCUAUCUCUGGGGGGAGGUCUCUAUUACCCCAGCAUAUCUCUUAGAGUUCAGUUAGAUCUUUCUAUAUAUAACUGCUUGCCCUGUAGGAUUGUGUGGUAUACCUGUAAUAUUCUCUAUAUUGUAAUAUAAAAAAAAACUGUUGCAUUUUACUAGAAACAUAUGCUGGAGCAUUGUCAGUCUUAAUUUGUACAGGUAUCCCCAUGAUGGCCAUAACUUCUAACAAAUGUGUGAUUAUAAAAUCAGCCUUGUCAGAACUCAAAGCAGUUUCCCACUGAAAUCCUGAAUAUACAUCUAUGGUAUGGUGUACAUAUUUUGAUUUUCCAGACUCUGCAAAAUGAAACAAGUCCAUUUGCCAAAUUUCACUUCUUUGAGUAUACUUUGGGUUACUUCCUGCAGGUAGUGGAAUUUGGUUAUACAAAGAACAAGUAGGACAUUUGGUAUAAAACUUUAGACUCACCAAGAUAAGAUAGAUAAUUAUUUUGUCUAAUUUUGCCAAAUGCAAAUGGAUUGGAUAUUGUUACUGUAAUUCUUACUUAAUAACUUUUUGUUGUAUAUAGUUUUACUAUAUUAAGUUUAAAACUUUCCUUUUUAAUUAGACAAAAAGGGGGGAAUGCUAUGGAUUAUACUCAUUGUUAAUAAAAAAAAAACUGAUUGACCAAUAGCAGGGCAAGAAGCAAUUGGGUGAGACAGCCUGACACAGAGAGAAUAAUAGGAGAAAGAAGGGCAGAGUCAUGAGAGUCAGAGGAGAUGAAAGCCAGCCCCAGGCAAGCAGGAUGUGUAAAAAAUGAGGUAGCAAGCCAUAAGCCACAUGGCAAAGCAUAAAUAGAAAUAUGGAUUAAUUUAAGUGUAAGCAUUAGCUAGUAACAAGCCUUAGCUAUUGGCUGAGCAUUUAUAAUUCAUAUUCAGCCUCUGAGUUGGUUAUUUGGGACCACGCGGUCAGGACAGGAAAUGUCUGUUUAUAUACCUCUCCUCUUAUGUAAUGUUCUGAGGAAUAACUGAAGAAAUGUACAUUAAAUACUUGACACAUGGUAAGCACUCAGUUUAUAUGCAAACACUAGCUAAUGCUGCUCCCAGGGACCUGUCUGCUGAAGUAGGAACUUGUGAUACAAUAACCCCAGUUGAAUUGUACCAACCCAAAUCCAAACAAAGGCUGAUCUGCCAAGGCCUUUGACUUACGUAGCAUGGGAUGGGAUGUUGACUUAUGUACAUCUCACUUUUUUCCAUCUGAGAUUUCAUGAAAGAGUCUCUAAACUCAUUUUAGGUGGUGAAUAUUUAGGUAAUAUUUAGUAAAAAUAUUUAGAGAGUGAAAGCAAAGGUGUGUGGUUCCAGGCAGGUAGGACCACAACAAUACCUACAUUGUUCUUAAUGUAUAUUGAAUAAAUGAAUGUUUUUAAGCA